UUUGUUGCCCGACAGUUAUCACGUGAAUAUCCUGUGGUAGAUCACAGCUAUGAUGCAGUGGUGGUUGGUGCUGGAGGUGCUGGCUUACGUGCGGCAUUUGGUCUUGCACAUGAGGGAUUUAAGACUGCUUGUAUCACAAAGCUGUUUCCAACAAGAUCACAUACUGUUGCUGCACAGCUUGAAAAUUAUGGAAUGCCAUUCAGUCGCACAGAGAAAGGUGAAAUUUAUCAACGUGCAUUUGGUGGUCAGAGUUACAAUUAUGGCAAGGGUGGUCAGGCACACAGAUGUUGUGCUGUUGCUGACAGAACAGGCCACUCUCUGCUUCACACUUUGUACGGACAGUCCUUACGAUACAACACAGAGUAUUUUGUGGAGUAUUUUGCUUUGGAUCUUCUCAUGGACAAAGGAAAGUGCAUUGGUGUGAUUGCAUUGUGUCUUGAGGAUGGCUCACUACACAGAUUCAGGGCAAAGAACACUGUCAUAGCAACAGGGGAAGUUCUGCUUUGUUUUGAUAAAUUUACCAUUUUUCAGGGAGAACGUUUUAUGGAGCGCUAUGCACCAACAGCUAAAGAUCUGGCAUCAAGAGAUGUUGUAUCACGUUCAAUGACAAUAGAAAUUAGAGAGGGAAGAGGUGUAGGUCCUGAUAAGGACCAUGUCUACCUUCAGCUGUCUCACCUCCCAGCCGAGACACUAAAGACACGACUGCCCGGCAUCUCUGAGACCGCCAUGAUCUUUGCUGGUGUGGACGUCACCAGAGACCCCAUCCCUGUUAUACCCACAGUGCAUUACAACAUGGGUGGCAUUCCGAGCAACUACAUGGGACAGGCAUUGACAAAGAAAGACGGUAAAGAUGAAAUCGUACCAGGCCUCUGGGCAGCCGGCGAGUCCGCGUGCGCUUCAGUCCAUGGCGCUAACAGACUGGGCGCCAACUCCUUACUUGACCUGGUGGUCUUCGGACGAGCAUGCGCUAAUUUCAUUGCCAAGUUUAACAAGCCCGCUGAUGCAAUACCGGAGCUUCCUGUGAAUGCAGGCGAAGAGUCCGUGGCCAACCUGGACAAGAUACGCUAUGCCAAUGGACGUACACCAACCGCGGAUUUGAGACUCAACAUGCAAAAGAUCAUGCAGACCCACGCGGCUGUGUUUAGGACUGGUACCGUAUUGGAGGAAGGCUGUAAGAAGAUUGACGAGAUCUAUAAACAGACCGAAGACCUUAAGUUGUUUGAUCGCGGUAUGGUGUGGAACACAGAUCUCGUGGAAACACUAGAACUACAGAACCUUCUUAUCAACUGCAAACAGACUCUUUAUGGAGCCGAGGCUCGCAAGGAGAGUCGUGGAGCGCAUGCCCGGGAGGAUUUCAAGGAGCGUAUCGAUGAGUACGAUUACUCGAAGCCACUCGACGGUCAAACGGCACGUCCCUUUGAUAAUCACUGGAGAAAGCACACCUUGGCAUGGACUGAUCAUAACACUGGAGAGGUUACACUUGAUUACCGGGGUGUUAUCGAUGAAACAUUGGAUCAGAAGGACUGUGCCAGUGUCCCCCCUGCUGUUCGUUCAUACUAGGCAACGAAAUACCGACAAAAAAUGAACGUAUUUCCCUGGGGGAACAGGGGCGGCGGUCGACACUUAAAAUGAAUAUAUGAUUUGUUUAUCUUCUUAAAUAUUUCUUGUAAAAAGCUACGGAAAGGAAGAGAUUUUUUUUUUUUACCCGUUGACUGAAGAGAAAGAAAGAGUAAAUUCUCGUAAAUGAAUUUCUGUAACAAACAGAACUGUUCGAGUUGUAACUUGGUUUAGUAUGGUGUUAAUAGAGCAGUUUUCGUUGGCUUUUUAUACCUAUGUGUGUACUUUAGUCUAAUGGACCCUGUGAUUGGUAGAAAAUAAUCUUUCAACCAAUGAGCACUAACGUCCUUUUUUUCGUUCAGUCAUGUCCCGAACCUAAAGUAAUUGUGUCUUGCCUUACGUCUAUUUUCCUGCGCUUGGCGCUUGUUGCAAGUUUUCCCGCGCUUUGCACCGGUUACAAGGAUUUUUUUUUACCACGAUUGUGAUUGGUACAUCGCACUAUCCGAGCGGCUUGGUGAUUGGCUAGAUAUGGCUAGUUUGAAACUAACAGCUGGAGUAUGCGGCCCAGUUUUCUCUGAGCGAUCAGUGAGCAGAAC